CAUUAACCCUCCGCCGACAACGGAGCCGGUAUCGCAGCAACCACCGCGCCGAGCAGCGCUCGGCUAUCGCGAGAUGCGCAGGCUUGGUUCCGCCCGCCGAGGGACGGCGGCCCGCUCUGCGCCGCGGCGCCUGCCGGGACGUGGAGGCCCGCCGCCCCCGCCGGCGCGCCCGCUGACACCGGUUCCGGCGCGGCGCUUGGCGGUUUCCGGUGGCAGCGGCGGCGGCCACAUCGGAGGGUUUAGCUGCUGUGUCAGGACACCUCGGCGGCCUCCCGCCAUGGCGGACGAGGGCGGCGGCUACCGGCUUCGCUGCUCCCUGGUGGGGCAUGGGCAGGACGUGCGGGGUCUAACCCGCGGCCUCUUCCCCCAGGGCGGUUUCGUGUCCGUCUCCCGGGACCGAACUGCGCGGCUGUGGGCUCCUGACGGUCUUAACAGGGGUUUUACUGAAAUGCACUGUAUGAGUGGCCACUCAAAUUUUGUGUCUUGUGUGUGCAUCAUACCUCCAAGUGACCUCUAUCCUCGUGGGCUGAUUGCAACUGGUGGCAAUGAUCAUAAUAUUUGCAUUUUCACAGUUGACAGCACAGCUCCCCUUUACAUCCUUAAGGGUCAUAAGAACACAGUUUGCAGCCUUUCAUCUGGGAAAUUUGGCACACUAUUAAGUGGAUCAUGGGAUGCAACAGCCAAGGUCUGGUUGAAUGACAGAUGUAUGAUGACAUUAAAGGGUCACACAGCUGCAAUAUGGGCAGUGAAAAUACUACCUGAACAGGGAUUAAUGUUGACUGGUUCAGCUGACAAAACUAUUAAACUGUGGAAGGCAGGCAGAUGUGAAAGAACAUUCACUGGACAUGAAGAUUGCGUGAGAGGUUUAGCUAUUCUCAGUGAAGUGGAAUUCCUUUCCUGUGCUAAUGAUGCUAGUGUUCGAAGAUGGCAGAUCGCUGGCGAGUGUCUGCAGGUGUAUUACGGACAUACAAAUUAUAUAUACAGCAUCUCUGUCUUCCCUCAGUGUAAAGAUUUUGUAACUACUGGAGAGGAUAGAUCUCUUAGAAUCUGGAAACAAGGGGAAUGUGCUCAAACAAUCAGACUCCCAGCUCAGUCUGUAUGGUGCUGCUGUGUGUUAGACAAUGGUGACAUCGUGGUUGGUGCAAGUGAUGGAAUUAUAAGAGUGUUUACAGAGUCUUUGGAACGUACAGCAAGUGCUGAGGAGAUUCAGGCCUUUGAAAAUGAGCUUUCCCAAGCAUCCAUUGACCCUAAAACUGGUGAUUUAGGAGACAUUGAUGCUAAUGACCUUCCUGGAAGAGAACAUCUUGAGGAACCUGGAACGAGAGAUGGACAGACACGGCUUAUUAAAGAUAAUGGGAAAGUAGAAGCGUAUCAGUGGAGUGUUAGUGAACGGAGAUGGAUAAAGAUUGGCGAUGUUGUUGGUUCUUCUGGAGCCACGCAGCAAACAUCUGGAAAGGUUUUAUUUGAAGGAAAGGAGUAUGACUAUGUUUUCACAAUUGAUGUAAAUGAAAGUGGGCCUUCCUACAAACUACCAUAUAGUAUCACUGAUGAUCCUUGGCUGACUGCAUACAACUUCCUGCAAAAGAAUGACCUAAAUCCUAUGUUUCUGGAUCAGGUGGCCAAGUUUAUUAUGGACAACACUAAGGGGCAAACACUGUUGAGUACAAGUGCUCAAUUUUCAGAUCCAUAUACAGGUGCUGGACGUUAUGUUCCAGGCUCUUCAACUGGGUCAAGCACACUGCCUGUAGCAGAUCCAUUCACAGGUGCUGGUCGCUAUGUUCCUAGUUCAGCAUCAAAUGCAGUAGCUCCAGCUGAUCCAUAUACAGGAACGGGCACCUACCAAUUAGCUGCAGCUCAAGCUGAAAAUAUUUAUUUUCCGAAGAAGGAUACUUUCACCUUUGACAAGGCCAAUCCUACACAGAUACUGGGCAAAUUAAAGGAGCUUAAUGGAAAUGCAAGUGAAGAACAUAAGCUUACAGAGGAUGACCUGAUAAUCCUAGAAAAGUUAUUGUCUGCAACAUGCAACACCUCUGCAGAAACACCUACGGCACAGCAAAUUCAGACUUUGUGGAGAGCAGUUAACUGGCCAGAAGAUAUUGUUUUUCCAGCCCUAGACAUUCUUAGAUUGUCUGUCAGGCAUCCCACUGUGAAUGAGAACUUCUGCAGUGAAAAGGAUCAUGUACAAUUUAUCAUCCUUCUCCUUAAAUUUCUGAACCCUAAAGGAAAGCAAGCAAACCAGCUGUUGGCACUUCGAGCUCUCUGCAAUUGUUUUGUCAGCCAGGCAGGCCAGAAGCUCAUGAUGGAACAGAGGGAUGAAAUAAUCACACAAGCAAUAGAAAUGAAAUCAAGCAAUAAUAAGAACAUCCACAUUGCGCUUGCUACGCUGACAUUGAACUAUGCUGUAUGCUUACAUAAAGUCAACAACGUUGAGGGCAAAGCUCAAUGUUUAUCAGUAAUCGGCACAGUUAUGGAAGUUGUUAAAGAUCUUGAAGCCAUUUUCAGGUUGCUUGUGGCUCUUGGGACUCUAAUCAGUGAUGAUAAAAAUGCUGUGCAGUUAGCUAAGUCCCUUGGAGUUGACUCUCAAAUAAAAAAGUAUGCCUCUGUUUCAGAACCAGCUAAAGUAAAGGAAUGCUGUAAGUUUGUUCUUAAUCUGCUGUAAUUGUUUGUUUUUAUUGGCACAUUGAGAGGCACAGCACAUGCAGAAAAAAAAAGUGCUUUUAUUCAUAUUUUGUGACAGACUAUAAUUGAGAAAUUGCUGAGGAUGAGUAACACUUGAAUUGUUGCAAGAUACACAGCAAAUAAAACUUUUUACACUGUU